AUGUUGCUAUGCAAGCCGCAUCCCAACCUACCGCAACAUAUUCGUGUCAUUUAUGUCCGAAAUCGUUUCUAACCUCUAAGGGUUUGAACAUUCACAAAACCAAGGCUCACCGCACCUGUGUUAGUCAAGAUGAUGUCCCACUGAACUUAGGUGGCGCGCUACCGCCUCAUCAUACCCAUCCUUUUCAUAUACAGCUAAGCCAACUGAAGAACAACGUUGAGGUGGUUAAGCGGAUCCCUCGCGGGGCUAGAAUCGUCGUGGCAACUCACCUCGCACAACUGGUACAAAAGUGUUACGAGUCAAACUCACCUCAAGACUGGCAUAACCUGCUUGUUUUUCCGUAUACCAUACUUCAUGUUAAAGACGACGAUCAGAAUAUAUCAUUGACGCAAAAAAUUAAAAAUAAUUGCUCACCCCAUUCUGUCCCGCCGGUUGUACGAGAAGACCGUCCGUCAACUUUGUAUCGAAAAAACAAGAAUAUUGAAAAUAAGAUCAGUGACGGAGAUCUGAAAGGUGCCGCUCGCCUUCUUUUCUCUAGUGAUGUGUUGUCUCCGGAUAACCCUGACACUCUAUUGGCCCUGCAGGCUAAGCACCCUGCCGCUCCGGCAACCCCCUUUUUUUUUGAUCCCCCAGUACCGCCAGAGUUAUGCCUGCACAUCAAAGACGUCGAUGUUUACAACGCCGUCCUUUCUUUUAAAACUGGUUCGGCAGCUGGCUUGGACGGGCUGGCUCCUCAACACCUAAAGGACUUGACGUGCCCGUCUGUUGGAGAUGCAGGUGUGCAACUCAUCGCUUGCAUUACUAAAUUAAUAAACUUUAUGUACUCAGGUGGCGUCCACCCGGAUAUUGUACCCAUUAUAUACGGAGCAAAUUUAAUUGCACUCACUAAAAAAGAUGGAGGUGUACGGCCAAUCGCUGUGGGUUCAACGUUUCGCCGUUUGGCGUCUAAAAUAGCAGUUCGGUACAUUUUGGCAAAGUUGCAAAAAAUUUUUGAACCUGUUCAAUUAGGUUUCGGGGUCAGGGGAGGCUGUGAGGCUGCUGUGCAUGCCCUCCGGUCUUAUCUGGAGGCUGGACAGUGUGAGGUUUUACUGAAAAUCGAUGUAAAGAAUGCAUUCAAUUCUUUAAACAGAGAUAUUUUGCUUUCUGAGGUAAAAUCUCACAUUCCUGAAAUAUACAAUUACCUACUACAUUGUUAUGGGGACCCUUCGAAACUAAUGUAUCAUUCGCAUGAAUUGUCGUCCGAAGUCGGUUGCCAGCAGGGAGAUCCCCUGGGGCCGGCAAUUUUUAGUUUAGGGAUAAACCAAAUAAUUAAAAAUUUGUCAUCAAAAUUCAAUGUAUGGUAUUUGGACGACGGGACUCUAGGAGGUGACGUGGACUCUGUACUGGUCGAUCUUUCGUUGAUAAACGAUAAAUUUAGAUCCAUCGGCCUAACUUUAAAUUUCGAUAAAUGCGAACUUUACAUUCCAGAUUCCUGCGUCGUCGAUGUCAAUAGUUUAGUACAAAGGUUCAAUCAGCUGGCACCCAAUAUUAAAAUUCUCGAUAGACGUACACUUUGCCUCCUAGGAUCCCCAAUAUUCGAGGAAAGUUUUCCCGAUUACAUUCAAAAUUCUGUAUCAAAAUUCCAGGAUAAUUCUCAUCGUUUGCUCGAAAUUAGUCCCCACUAUGCACUCUCUAUUAUCAAAUUUUGUCUCUUCAUUCCAAAGUUAACAUACGUGCUCCGAUGCUGUCCUCUGUGGAAGAAUCAAGAUCUUUUAUCGCGAGUAGAUGAUUUAAUUAAAAAUAAUUUAGAGAGAGUCCUUAACAUUAAGUUUAGUGACCGGUCUUGGUGUCAAGGGUCCCUUCCCAUCAGGCACGGUGGCUUAGGCAUCCGUACGAUGUCUGGUGUAGCUUUGCCAGCUUUUUUGUCGUCGGUCCAUAGUUCCUUGGGUCUCAUAGGUAAAAUCCUUCGCACAAACUAUGAGAUCUCGGGCUUGGAAGACGCAAAAAAUGCAUGGCUGUGUGCGUGUCCCGGUCAAGACAUCCCUGAACAUCCAGAGUCACAAAGAAAUUGGGACGACCCAGUGUGCAAAUUGGCUUUAGAUACCCUUCUCGACCAGUGCGGCGGCGCUGCGGAAAGAGCUAGACUCUUGGCAGUAGGCACUAGAGAGGCUGGGCACUGGCUCCGCGCGCAUCCUUCUCCUAAAAUCGGAACUUUUUUAGAGCCCAACACGCUCCGGCUCUCGAUUUGCCUCCGUUUAGGUAUCCCGGUGUGUGCCCCUCAUCGUUGCCCCUGCGGUGCGGACGUAGACCAGUUAGGUCACCACGGUCUCUCCUGCCAGAGGAGCGCGGGCCGCUUCUCCAGGCAUGCCGCCCUUAACGACAUCAUCCGUCGGUCUCUUGCAUCGGUCAAUGUGCCUGCUCUAUUGGAGCCGACCGGCAUAUUGAGAAGUGACGGCAAGAGACCCGACGGGAUGUCUUUGAUUCCGUGGAGUAUGGGACGGGUGCUAGUGUGGGAUGCAACCUGCGUAGACACGCUGGCCCCGUCACAUCUCCACGGAACCUCUGUGAGGGCGGCAGCUGCUGCAGAGGCGGCCGAAAAUGCAAAGGUGGGGAAAUAUCGCGGUCUCGGUGCCGAAUAUAGGUUUAUUCCUUUCGGCGUCGAGACCCUGGGUCCGUGGGGUCCUGGCGCUCUGAGUCUCUUUGGAGACCUUUCAAAGAGACUCAGGGACGCAACUGGGGAUCCAAGAGCUGGCAGUUACCUCGCUCAACGCUUCAGUCUGGCAGUUCAGCGGGGUAACGCAGCCAGCAUCUUGGGGACCUUGCCGCAGGGGCCUUUUUUAGAUUUAGGUUAGUUUUAGUUUAUUUUAUUUUAGAAUAGUUUGUAUUUAGUUUAAUUGUAAUUUUAAGUUGUUUUUAUUUAUUGUUUUCGUCGUGUUAUUGUAC